UUUAUUAUAUGAAUUUCCUUUGGUUUGUCGACUCUACGUUGCCCAGUGCUCUUGGAAAUGGGCUCGAUCGAGCGAACGAGGAAGAGGAAUCCGCUCUGGAAGAAGGCGAUCGGCCACUUCUCCCUCUGCUUCGUUAUGGGCUUCUUCACUGGCUUCGCGCCGCCCAGUACCACCGCCAUCUUCUCCGGCCGCGCCGCCGACCGACCUCGGGGUCGGAGCAUCGGCAUCAGUAUGAACAGUAUCGUCCCCGCCGCCCCCUCCUACCUGGUGGAGCGUGUCGUCGAGCCGAAAGCCCCUGCUAAUGGUAACAUAGCCGAGAUCCCGAGAUCCAUCCCCGCCGACACCAUCGGCGCCGACAGUGGCGAUGAUCCGCCUCCGCCUUCGAAGGGGGCGGGAGAGCGAGAUUCUUUGGCGCCGUCUCGGAGGCUGAUUAUAGUCGUGACGACGACAGAGUCCAACGAUCGAUUUCAAGGCGCGUUCCUGCGGCGAUUGGCGCACACCCUUCGCUUGGUCCCGCCGCCGCUGCUGUGGAUCGUGGUCCAGGCUUACGCUGAUGCUCCUGCUACAGGUGCGAUGCUUCGGGAUACCGGGGUCAUGUACAGGCACCUGACCUUCAAGGAGAAUUUCACAUACCCGGAGGCAGAGGUCCACCACCAGCGCAACGUCGCGCUAAACCACGUUGAGUACCACCGGCUCACAGGGAUAGUUCAUUUUGCGGAUGCAUCCAAUGUUUAUGAUCUCCAAUUCUUCGUUCAAAUGAGAGAGAUCGAAGUUCGGGGGGCUUGGCCAGUAGCAAUGGUGUCAGAAAACAGAAAGAAAGUGGUGGUUGAUGGCCCUAUCUGUCAUUCAUCAAGGAUUGAAGGUUGGAUUUUGAAGGACUUGAGCAAUGACAAAAGAUUGUCUCUGUCUAGUGCAGAUGUGAGCACUAAACCUUUAAAGAUAAACAUUUCUGGUUUUGUCUUCAACAGUUCAAUUUUAUGGGAUCCAGAGAGAUGGGGGCGCCCUACCUCAUUGCCUGACACAUCGCAGGAUUCAAUCAAGUUUUUACACGUAGUGAUCCUGGAAAACGAGAGCAAGAUAAAGGGCAUACCUGCAGACUGCUCCAGAAUCAUGGUGUGGCAUCUCUGCAGGUCAAGAGCAAUUCCUCUACCCUUUCACCAUUAAGACAAAGGUAGAUAAAAUAAAAUGCCUGGCAUAAUGGUUGUGUAUACGAGAGAAAAAUGUCAUUUGUAGUUUUGAUUUUAGUUGUUUUCUUUUGGGGGAAUGCUAAUUUAGCUCCCCUCGUUAGUAUUAUUGAUCAUUACUCGAUAUUCUUUUAAAUUAUCGGUGCUUUACAAUGAAGAGCAUUGAUUAUCAAGUCUCUAUUACUCACCAAAUAACAGAGCAGGUUUGACUGCUCUCUAUUAAUUUUGUAAGUCGAGGAAACACGACAGUGACAUGAUUAUCUAUAACUGAAUCAAAUUUAUUAUACAAGCAUUUGCUGUA